AUGGCUGAUAGGUUAGAGACGGUGGCUUAUGGUAUGGCAUGGCCUAGCAUGUCAACGAUGAUAGAUUCUAGCCCAAUAUCCGAGGGUUGUGUCAAGGUGGAAGUGGAUGAUAUUGUUGAUAAACAUAAGAAGUCGGAAGUUUAUUCAGUCACCAAAACAAGUGAAAUUAAAUUGGUUGAAGAUUUGGUUCUUCGAUAUGUUCAAUGGCCAAGAUAUGCAAUAAAGCUUAAGAAUGAAGGAAGACAAAGCAUGUCACCUAACGCCCCCAUUGUGAACUCGAGGCGUGGGUCACAGAGUCAUAGAGGCGCCUCACCAUUGGUAGCCGACUCAAUAAUACAUGAUGAUGACACCAGAAUGACUCCAGCUUAUCAUCCAUGCUUACAAAUGAUUGGCGAAGACAAUCACCAACUUCCAAGUCAACUUCAAAUCGAAGAUCAAGAUCUUUUUAAAGAUGGUUUUGUAAAUAUGUUGCAGCAACAAACUGUUACAAAUGCUCCCAUACAGGUAUCCGAACCUGUAAGGGUACCCGAACCUGUACCCGAAACUGUACCCGAACCUGUACCAGCACCCAAACCUGUAUCCGUACCCAAACCCAAAAAAGUACGCAAAUCCAAACUUGUACCCAAACCCGUAUCGGUACCCGUACCUAAACCCGUACUCGCAACUGUACCCAAACCCAAACUCGAACCACAUAUAAAACUCAUAACCGGUUCUCAAGGCGAAACAUGGGAGGAUCCUAAGUUGAAUUCGAUCAAGCAGAAUUUACGAAACAAAACCGGUCUCAUUCGAGACGUAGUUGAUAAAUUAGACAAACUCUUUAAGCACCGCACUCACAUUCGUACUUCUUCACCGCAAGGGAUGUAUCCCAUAUCGGUUCAAUAUCUAAUCCCAUAUUCGGAAUUGUUAAACUUAUUUCUAAGGCGGUGGCUUGAUAUUAGCGUAAUAUAUUCGUUUUCCAUGUAUUUUUUUCUGUCUCCCAAUUCCCGGUGUGCAUUUUUUGAUCCGUACAAAAUUUGUGGUGCAAAAUGCGAAAGUGAUCCGGAUGAUGUGAUAAAACACAUCAAAGAGGUAUACGAGCAUCAUGAAGACAAAAGAUAUUUUCUUGCACCUUAUCAUGACAACGAUCACUGGAAGCUUUUAAUAUUUGAACCAACCACUUCAAGCGCAUUCAUUGUUGAUUCAAUAAAAAAGGGAAAGUCGGAGGAAAGUUACCUCAUUUCAAAGCUAAUUCCCAGUGGUUUCGAGAGAACUUUUACAUGGACAGUUAUCAAUUGCUACCAACAACCGGGCUCAUGGGAAUGCGGUUAUAUGUUGAUAAAACACAUGUGGGAGUUUGUUGAGACAAUUCAACAUGACUUUAUUAAUCGUAAAUGGAAUACACAAGAGAAGACUUCGGGUGAGGAAAUUGAAUCUAUGGUCGUAGACUUGAUGGAGCGUUGGAUUAAGGAGGUGUUUGGGAUUCGGACAUGAACUCCGUAAAGGUGUCUCAAGUGUUCAGGUUGCAAAUGAAUUAGGGAGAGGAAAUGCCAAAGCAGCCAAAUUCUCAAUUAAAGUCUUCUUGGGGACUCUUAUUGCAGUUGGAUUGUUUUUCUUUGUUCUCUGGUUGGUUUGAUUUUUGGAAGAAAACUUGCCUACGCGUUCACCACUGAUGAAAGAGUUGCAGAUAUAGUAUCAGACC